AUUGCUUCUUAGUUACCUUUACUUUUUUAUCAGAGGGGCUAGGACGUAGGCUAACGACAGGAGGGAAGAGAGUAUUGACAGAUGAAGAAAUGAUAUGUAUAAAAUAAGACCUCUGUUUUUUUCGUGAACAAGAGAGCACAUAUUCUAAGGAAGACUGAGAGAAAAGUGAAAAUGGGUUUCAAGGACAUUGUGAAGGAAUAUUUUCUUGGUUUCUGGGACUAUGAGACCCCUAAGGUAAUGGUGGUAAGAAAUAGAAAACUUGGAGUUAUAUACAGAGGAGUCCAGUUUCUAGUUAUCACAUACUUCAUUUGGUAUGUGUUCAUCAGUCAGAAGGCAUAUCAGGACACUGAAACCAGACCUGAGAGCUCAGUGUACACUAUGAUGAGAGGAGUGGCCCUACAGGGGGACAAUGUGUUGGACAUGGUGGAAUACGUCCAUCCCUCCGAGGGUGGAGAUGUUAUUAGCACUAUCCUGAGGCGUGAGGUUACUCAUGAUCAGAAGCAAGGCACAUGUGCAGAAGAUUACCGUGUUGCCAAGGCCAACUGUACAAAAGAUUCAGACUGUAUUCCUGGGGAAAUAGACCUUGAUGGUAAUGGACAGCGAACAGGACGUUGUGUGCCAUACUACAACUACACCUUCAAGACAUGUGAAAUCCAGUCGUGGUGUCCUAUUGAAGCCUUUGCUGCUGUUAGAGAACUACCAUUGGCAGAAGCUGUCAACUUUUCUGUAUAUAUCAAAAAUACAAUACACUUUCCGAAAUUCAAAGUGCUAAGAGGAAACACCAGGCCCAGAAGAAAAGUCAAAUAUAUCCCCCGAUGCCAUUACAAUGAAGAGACUCACCCUUACUGUCCUGUUUUCCGGCUGGGCUACAUCGCAGAGCAUGCCAGGGAAAAAUUCAGUGAGCUAUGCAGAACCGGAGGAGUAAUAGGAGUCUUCAUUAACUGGAAGUGCAACUUUGAUGCGGACCCUUUAGCGUGUGUGCCCACUUAUGCAUUCAGGAGGCUGGACGUACGCAAGAACCUGCCUUACUCAGGGUAUAAUUACAGAUUUGCCAAGUAUUACAGCAGGAACGGUGAGGAGUACAGAACACUUAUCAAGGCCUUUGGAAUCAGACUGGAUAUCAUCGUCCAUGGGCAUGCUGGGAAAUUCAACAUCGUCCCAACCAUCAUCAAUGCAGUAACGGCUAUGACAUCAGUUGGAAUUUGCUCCAUCAUCUGUGAUUGGAUCAUGCUGACCUUCAUUGACAAGAACGAGAUUUACAGCGACAAGAAAUUUGACAGCUCCUCUGACGAGCCCGUGGAACACAUCGUCGUCACAGACCUCACCCUCACGAGCUACGGCUCCAUACACUCAGACCUCUCAGAUGGUGUGCCGCUGUGACGGAUGGCGUACUCUCCCACCCCUUGGCUAGCGGUACAGCAUGCCACUCAGCUGCAGACCUGUACAGUGACUGUGCUGGUGGCCUACUCAGCAGACCUUUAAAACCACACAUGGUCACAGUGCCUGAGAUCCUCUGGACAAGUCUGUAACCAUGACCUCAACCAGAAGCCUUCAAGAGACAAAAACAUUACGGCAGAGCACAUACCAAACUUGAACUACAAUAAAUAGCUUCCAGCGGUUCCCAAACUUUUCAUGGCAGGGCCCCCUUUUGACAACGAACAAAAAUGAUCACCUGCAAUUUAACUUUUAAUAAAAUAAAGAGAAGCCCAUCAGCGGUUGCAUAGCUUUUCUUAAACAUUGUUUCUACAUUUGAACAGAUACAUAUUUCAAUAUCAAACAUUUUUAACUUCUGACUGGGUGAUCAAUCCAUAACAUUUUCUUCUUAGGCUAUCCCUUCUAACAUAUAGGCUAAUUGGUAGUCCCUGGCCAUAUUAUAUAUAAAUACGAAGUAGGCUAUAAACUCAUCACUUGUAGUUAUCGGCUACUAUGCUGUAAGAGCACCUGUAAUUGGUUGUGUAGGUUUCU